AUGCCAGAAUCGAUAGAGGAGCGAACUCAAAUUGUUGUUUUUCUGCGUCACGCUGCUGCAGCUCACAACUUCCACGGUGCCGAUAUCUGCAGUUCACACUUUUUUGAUCCAUCUCUGGUUUUUCAAGGGAAAAUUGCUGCUCUAGAAGCUGGUGAACGAAUUUUUAAUUGGUGGCAAGAAUCGCAUCCAGAGAAAUCUAUUAAUCUCGUCAUAACCUCACCUUUGACUCGAUGCAUUCAGACAGCGGUUUUGGCAUUUCUUUCCGGUGGAAAAUACGACGACAAUACCGAAGUACGCUGUGAAGAAAGUGUUAGAGAAGCUUGCGGUGUCCACUAUCCUGACAAGCGUCGAAAUAGAUCUCUUCUCGAGGUAAGACGUGCGAGCGAGCUUGCAUCAUAUAAAGUCUAG